CUUUUCUGAAACUACACUAUAAAAAGAGUCUCGAUAAAAAAAACAUGUAUUUUUCUCUUUAUUGAUAAUACUAUUUAAAUGUCUUCUAAUAAGUUUAUUGCUUGGGCUGGUGUUGCUAAAGGCAAAUCUCUUGAAAAGAAAGAACUCGAAUUAAGAAAAUGGGAUGAAGACUGUGUAGAAAUCGAUAUCACUCACUGUGGCAUCUGUGGAAGUGAUAUUCAUACUUUGGAUGAAGGAGAUCAAUGGGGCAAGACUGAUUAUCCUUGUGUUGUGGGCCAUGAAAUUACGGGCAAUGUUACUCGCGUUGGCAAGAAUGUAUCGCAUGUUAAAGUUGGUGAUCGUGUAGGCAUUGGUGCUCAAUCUGGUAGCUGUCAUCAUUGCUCUCAUUGUAAUGAGGGUAUGGAAAAUCUAUGCUAUCAAGGCCAUGUAGGUACUUACAAUGGCAAAUAUUACAAUGGCAGCAAAUCAUAUGGUGGCUAUGCUGACAAAUGGCGAGGCGAUCGUCGCUUUGUGUUCAAGAUUCCUGAUCAUCUGUCCAAUGAAAUUGCUGCCACUUUCUUUUGCGCUGGCAUCACGACUUAUGCUCCCUUGAAGCGCAGUGGUGUCAAUGAGAAAUCGGUUGUUGGCAUUAUGGGCAUUGGCGGUUUGGGUCAUUAUGGUGUUCUUUGGGCAAAGGCCAUGGGUGCUAAAGUUAUCGGCAUGUCUUAUAGCGAUAAGAAGCGUGAAGUAGCUAAAGAACUUGGUUGUGAUGAGUUUUUAGUUACUAGUAAUGAAGAGGAGAUGAAGAAAUACAAAAAGCAGUUGACCCAUAUACUUUGUACUGGUUGUAGUCCUGAUUUUAAGUGGGCUGAUUAUCUUUCACUUCUUCAUGGUAAUGGCUAUUUCCUUAAUGUCAAUUUCCCUGAAUGGGAGUUUCCUUCUAUCCCACCUGUUGUGUUGAUCUUUAAUCAAUGCUUCAUUCAUGGAUCAGCCAUUGGUUCACCUGCUGAGAUCGAAGAUAUGCUUAAGUUUGCUGAAGAAAAGCAAAUCAAGCCUUGGAUUCAAAAGUACCCGAUGAAAGAUGUUCAAAAGGCUGUAGACGACUUCAGAGCUGGUAAACCCAGAUUUAGAUUUGUCUUGGAGAACUGAUAGCUUCUCGGGUCAUUUUCGGUACCAGCAGAAUUUUACUUGACAUCAAGAUGUUAGCAGAAAUGUAAUCAUUCCAAAUAAAGUCAAUUUGUCAAAUAACAAGGAUAUAUAAAAGUAUGAUUUUAG